AGGGCCGAACGUGCAAAGGACCGAAAGAGCUGGUAACCGUCCUUAUUCACGUUGUAAAUAAGGGACAUUAUCGGUCCGGUAUCUUGACCUGUUGUAGUGUUGAUAAAAAACAACAACAUGAGACUCGGACUAUUAUCCUCAGGUUUGGGUAUAGCCCGGCGGUGCUUGAGGAAAAAUGUAUCAUUAAAUAGAAGCUGUAGGAGGAGCGUCUCGGGGGGAGGUUCCCCACUUGAUGUCAGUAUUGACAGUAAAACAGGAAUAGCAGUUCUGUCGAUGAACAAGGCCCCAGUUAACAGUUUGAAUUUGGAGUAUCUAACAGAACUUAACAUUGCUCUGGAGAAAGUAGAGAAUGACAAACAUUGUAAAGGACUCAUCAUCACAUCAAGUCUUCCCAAGAUAUUCUGUGGUGGCCUUGACAUCAUGGAGAUGUAUCAGCCGGACCUCGACCGACUCCAGGAGUUCUGGCGUACGCUACAGGACAUGUGGAUCAAACUUUACGGACUGAAUCAACCUACCAUAGCAGCUAUAAAUGGACAUAGCCCAGCAGGAGGGUGCCUCAUUUCAACAUGUUGUGACUUCAGAAUAAUGGCUCCAAACUUCACCAUUGGACUCAAUGAAACUCAACUGGGGAUUGUUGCACCAUUUUGGUUUGUUGACACCAUGUUGAACACAGUGGGCUUUAGACAAACAGAAAUGGCUCUUCAGCUAGGAUCUUUGUUCAAGACAGAUGAAGCUUUGAAGAUUGGCCUCAUUGACAAAAUCAUUCCCCAGGAGGAAGUGGUCACUGCUGCCCAACAGGAAAUGCAAAAGUGGUUAAAAAUACCUAGUUUUGCCAGGCAGUUGAGUAAAACGGAGAUUAGAAGACCUACGAUAGAAAAAUUGUUGCAAAGGAAGGAGGAGGAUAUCCGCCAUUUUAGGGACUACAUUACAAAGGAAUCCAUCCAGAGGUCACUAGGGAUGUACUUAGACAACCUAAAGAACAAGAAAAAAUAAUUCCUGAUAUUAACUCAGUAUAGUCAUGUGAUAUCUUCUAGUAUUGACGCGAUAUUGUCAUGUGAUACAUUGACACAUUAUUGUCAUGUGAUAUCAAAGUGUAUAGAUACAUAUAUAUAUGUCAUGUUCUCUUUCAAAAAGAAAACUGACAAAAUUGUCAUCAUUGCACACCAGUGAAAGUUUUAUACUGUAAUAAACAUAUAUAGAAAAAACUUUCAACUGUAUUUUUUUCCCCAAAACAAUUUACAGUUUAUCAGAAUAAUAAUGAAAUAUCAAAGUGUAUAAAUGUGUGUUAUUUUCUCUUUCAGAAGGGGUCAAACUUUUGAAAUUAUUUAAGAUGUUUGAAGAUGUAAGCUCAUUCAUUUUGGCAUUAAGCCUAUGAAGUUUAAAGAGCUAGAAAAAUUGUACCUGUUCUGGUAUAGAAUUAAUAUUCAUUUAACUGGCGGUUGCCACUUGAUUUAUGUAGCAGCCACCACUUAUUAUCUGGUGGCUGCCAUAUAAAUUAACUGUCGGCUGCCACUUAUUUUAUCUGGUGGCUGCCACGUAAUUCAACUUAAGGCUAGAUAUAUUAUGUGGGGGCUGCCACAUAAUUUAAGGAGCGGCUGCCAGUUAAAUGUACAUCGAUUCUAAACCCUGGCACCUAUUGAUUUCCGUAGGUUUUUGAUGGCGGUAGUUUUUUACCUGACAAAGUUAUACUGAUUUCAAAAAUUUCAUCUUUUUUCAGCCAUUAUCAAAAAGUUAUAGAUUUAAAUUUUUUUUGUAUCAGAUGGUCCAAUAUGAUUUCAUGGAUCUUACGUAAAAAAGGACAGAAUUGAUGAUAUGAGAAAUAAAUACAUUAUUGUACUUACAAAUACAUAAUGUAAACUCCC